AAAAUGAAGAAUUAGGAGAAUAAUAUACUAAGAGUUAAAUCCUAUGAAAUUUAUAUGGAUAGAAAAAUUGGAGAAGGACAGUUUGGAAUUGUUUAUUAAUGUUAAGACAAUUCUAAUCCAGAAUUAAAAUUAUGUGCAAAAGUAUGGAUAUAAAUAAUAAUAAAGUUAAUAAGAGAGAACUUAUAGGAUCCAAAAAUAAAAGGAGAGAUUAAAUUAAUGGAAAUGAUAAUGAAUUGUGGAAAGGCAAACAAAAAUAUAGUAGGAAUGGAAUAUGUGGAAUAUAACGAUGAUAGGAUUUUAUUGAUUAUGGAAAGAUGUGAAUCCGAUUUACAAAAGAUUAUUAAUGAUAAGAAAUUAAAUGAGUCAAAAUAUUUCACUCCAAAUGAAGCUUUAAAUUUACUAAAAUAAGUAAUAAAUGGUUAUAAAGUGCUUUAUUCAAAUAAUAUCAUACAUAAAAAUUUAAAACCUUAAAAUAUUCUAUUCUUAAAUGGAGUAUAUAAAGUAUUCUAAUUAAAAUAUAUCUAAGAUAGCAGAUUUAGGAUUGGCUAGAGUAUUGGAAGCUAUAGAAAAAACAAUAUAAAAAUUUCCAAAAGUAUGUACUUCAAAAUAUGCAGCACCUUAAUUAUUUUUUGAUAGUUAAUUUUCAAAUUAAGCUGAUAUUUUUUCAGUAUAAUAUCUAGAUUAUAUUAAAGUUAGGAAUCAUAAUAUAUGAAUUAAUAUUUGGUGGGUUACCUUAUAAAGUACUCAACAUAAUUUAGGUCAAGGCAGAUUUAAAAAAUAUAGAAAUAAAUCCUAUUAAAGUGAAUCGAUUUGUCUAAGGAGUAAUAAUUAAUUCAUGGUUAGAUGACAGAGGAAUUUGCUCUUUUAAUUGAAGAUAUGCUCAAAUUUCAAGAAGUUGAAAGAAUAAGUUGGGAAUAAUUAUUCAAACAUUCCCUUAUUUAAGAUGAAUUUAAUGUUGUUAUAAAUUAGUCAGGGUAAUUUAUUAAAUUUAUACUUUAAGUCUUAUUCAAGAAAUUCUUGAUGAUUAAGAAGAUGAAAAAUAAAUAAUUUAGUAAAAAUAAAACCCUCCUAAUGAUCCUAGUAUUGAAAAUUAAUUAAUAACCCAAAAUUCAAAAUAGUUUAAGAAAUUCCCAACAUUUCCAACUUAAAAUACUUCAAAUACACCUUAAAUGAGUUAAUCCCCCCAAUUCUCUUCUAAAACUUAAUUUUCUAAAACUGUUCCUACUCAACCUUUUGUAAUAACUCCCAGACUUAAGUUUCAUAUUUUUGGAUAACCCUUAAUAUUCAUAAAUGACAUAUUGACAGUUUCUGAUUAAUUAUUUUAAGCAGGAUUUUUUCUGAACUAAAUAUUAGAGUUUUUGGAUUAAUUUAUGUAAAUACUUAUUUAACAUUUUAGAAACAUUUAAUAUUCUUUGAGACAUGAAUUUUUUGCCUUCAAGCUUUAUCUUCAUUGUUUAGCAGAAUGUUUCUUCUAACAUUCAAAAGCUAAGAAAUGUCAACCUUAAAAUAGAUGUGCACCAUCUUAUUAUUCUAUUUAAAUUAUUGAACAUGAAAUCUAAAAAUAACAUAAAAUUCAUUAAGUAAUAGAUGAGGAAAUAAAACAAUUUAAUUUAGCUCUUAUAUAUCCUGUAUAAAAUAUUACUCCAGAUUAUGUACAAUAUCUCUAAAAAUUAAAAAGUGUUGGAUAAGUUAAAACUGUAUUCUCCUAUAAUGCUAAUAGAAAAUAUUUUCUAGAUUAUUUAUAGUAAUAAAUAUAAAUAAUAUUAUUUAGAAUAGUAUAUUGUUUAGAAAGACUAAAUGAUUGCCAUCCAAAUAAUUUUUCAGAUUUUUAUCAGUUUAUAUCUGAUAUUAAUAAAAAUUAUAAAAAUGAAGUUCUAAUAGUAAAUUAUCUUAAUAAUUUAAACAGAUGA